UCUUUCCAUUGAAUAUGUACCGCGAACAAAGCCGACACGUCCGAAACUGUUUACAAAAUGGCCGACAAAAAGCCAAAAUUUACAUUUCAACAGUGUCCCGGCAAGAAAUUUGCAACGUUGGAAGAUAAAGACAAUAAAGAGCUUCUAACAAAAUGGUCCAUGUGUGGGAACCUUCUUGCACAAAUGUACACAUUCGAUCAACCAUUCCAAGUGUACCAGAAAGAUGAAUUCAUGCUGAAAAACGGUCACCAGAGCUUGUACAAUGGCUCUUUAUCCAUACUUCCAUUCAUCAUAUUUUGUUGUCUUAGCAACUGCUGCCUUCAUAUCAUUGAAUUGAUGGCAGAAAUUCUGAAUGUUCAUCCCCAAGAGAAGGACUUUAUGAGGGACCCAGCUGUGAUGUCCUCCUUGUUAGUGGCAAGUAAAGAUGGAAAUCCAAGAUUACUUAACAUGCCCGCAGAAUCCGUCAAAGUUGAGGUGGUACCAUGCAGUAUUCUGUCAAUGGCGUUCUUUGACAGGCUCUAUGGCUCAGUUGUUAGGGACACAGGGUAUCUCCACAAGUGCUUUGAUGAAUUCGUGGAGGAUUUUACCAUAUCAGAUGAACUAAGAAAGAUGCUUCUUAGUGAGGAGUCAGACCACGUUGACCUGUACAGUGACUCAGAAAAGAAUGAGUUCCUAUUCCGGCUGUUCAGACAUGUGUGCCUUGGUGGUCAGAUAUGCCAGUAUGAAGAUAAGAUAGACCCCUACCUGAACUUCACCAAGAGUCUGUAUAAGGAUCUUGUAAGUGUCCAAAAAAAUGCAGAAACCAAGGACCUGAAUAUAACCUCAAGUGUGUUCAAGAUCCAAGCAAUGGACAAGGAUGGUGAAGUGUUUUACCCGAGUUCCAAGCGCCACGAGCAGACUUUCUCUUACCUGAUUGUUGAUCCUCUCAAGCGUCAUGUGAUUGUCCUUUAUCAUCAGUUUGGGGGAGGCGUGUUCUCAUAGCAUACCCAUUCAGUCACCCAUUGACAUUGCCUUUGAAAUGAUCUGUUUGUGUCAUAUGAAGAUAAAGUGAAUCUCUGAAGACA